AUGGCCAAGAGCAAGAACAAGCCAGUAGUGGAACGCGUGACGAAGAAAAAGAUAAACGAGGAGACCGCACCCGAUGAUUCAAAGAAACCAGCUCGGGGAUUAGUUGUGGGUGACAAUUUUGGAUGGACAGGAAAAUUGCCUGUAACAUUACUCAAUGAGCACUGCCAGAAACAAAAGUGGAACAAAUGUCAAUAUGAUAUGAUGCGGAAGUCCAAUGGAUAUGUUGGAAUAGUAACGUUAUCUUGGGAGAAUCCGAAAACCAAAGAGAUCUUAUCAGUGAAGUAUACGCCGACAUAUUCUCCUCGUGAAACAAGCAACGAGGCUAGACACAUGGUCGCAACUUUUGUUCUACAUCGGAUAAAUUACAUAAAAAACAUGAAGAUGUUGCUUCCAAUCAUUUUCAGAGAUUAUUGGACAGAUUUAGAGAAAGAAAGGUUGCAAUUAUUGAAAGAAGACAAAUCACUACAUGAUAAAAGAUACAAUAUUAAUCCCUUCGUCGUGGUCAUGGAACAACAAAAGGCAAAAGCCGAGAAAGAGAAGGAGAAGACAGCGAAGGACAAUCAAGAUUUAAAGACUCAUAAGCAAGUGAUCAAUAUUGGACAAAAAAUAGUGACUUCGGAACCAACAAUCACAAGAAGCAUUAUACCCAAAGGUGCAUGGGAACACGCGCCAUUGAUGGACAUACCUUCUGAUAUGAGAGUUGAAAUUGAAAAAUCAGUGCAAAAGCAUUCAAAUUGGAAUGCAGGAAAUGGAGUUGCUGACGAGUCAAUUGUAAAAAAGUUGAUUGGGUUGGGAUUCAGGGAGAGCCAUGUAAGGGAGGCACUUCAGUAUACUUUAGAAUUCACUGACGCGCUUGAAUGGUUGAUUUUUCAUAUCCCUGAGGAUGACUUGCCGAUACUUUUUGCUAAAUCUCGUAAGGACUCGGAAGUACUGCUUACAAUUUCACAAAAUUUGAAAACCGAGUUGGUUUUAAAAAGACUAAGAAAUUCUGGAUUUGAUGAAGAUGAAAUAUUGCGGGUAUAUCAGGAGACGGGGGAGGAUGAAAUUGAGACGAGCGUUCAACUUACCAAGCUUUUAGCACCAGAGGCGACGGAGAUUACUAAAGAGGAGCAAAGCCAAGAAAUAUGGGAUCAAGAGGUUGAAGCAAUUGAGUCUACAAGAGAAGUUACGCUCUCAGACGACAAAAGCAUCACGCUUCCCUUAAAUCCGAGUGGUAUUAGUGAAGGAGUCAUUACCUUGAAAAUUUCCAAAAGCGGAAACUAUCCCAACGAAAUACCUGGAUUACUGUUGAUUGUUGCAGAAAAGUAUAAUCUAGCCAACUACGUGAAACUAUCUAUUGUGAGGAAUCUCCUCAAGACUUUGCACGUAGGAGAGUGUAUGAUUUUUUCAAUUAUUGAGUGGUUGGAAGAGAAUAUGAUCACUAUUGUCAAUAACCCAGGCCCACUCGUCACAUGUCAAAAACGGUCAAAUUAUGCCAAGAAAUCAAGGGAAAUUCACGCUACUAUCAAAGGGAGGAAAAAAGUGAAACAGAAUGAGAAUGAAAUAAAACUUUCCUACCAAAAUAGAGCAGCAGUGUUGCAACAAAAUAUGAAUGAAAGAAAAGAACUUCCUGUUUGGAAAAAAGCUCAAGAUUUGGUAAAAGUCAUAAAUGGAAACGCCAUCACUUUAGUUACUGGUGAGACGGGAUCUGGUAAAUCGACUCAAAUUGUUCAGUAUAUUCUUGAUGAUUUGAACUCAAAAGGCGAUUUCACCACAACUAUAUUCUGCACACAGCCAAGACGUAUUUCUGCCAUUGGGCUAGCUGCUCGUAUAACUGAAGAGAGGGGUGACAUCAUGGGACAAGAGACGGGGUAUAUGAUCAGAGGGGAAAACAAAGUGGGCCCCAACACCAGGAUCACUUUCUUGACUACCGGUAUCUUGCUAAGGAUGCUUCAAAACAUAACUAAAGAGGAAGACCAUGCUUUAUUUGAUAACCUUGGGUAUAUAUUUAUUGAUGAAGUACACGAACGAUCAGUUGAUAGUGACUUUCUACUCAUUAUUUUGAGGGAUGUGAUGAAGAAGUUUAAAAAAUUGAAAAUUGUUCUCAUGUCAGCCACCAUAAAAAUUGACAAGUUCAAUGCGUUUUUCAAAAAACCUUUGAUCCAUGAACAUGUGGAGGGUAGGACAUUCCCUAUAAAUGAUCACUAUUUGGAUAACAUAUUGAGCGAUCUAGAUUACUCGAUGGAAGUUGGAGGGGAAAUCAUUAAACCACGCGCGGACUCUGCAUUUUUCAAGAAUGGAAACAUAAAUUAUGAGUUAAUUGCUCUGCUAGUGGAGCAUAUACACCAAAAGUUGACCUCGGAGAAUAACCGUGGUUCAAUAUUGAUCUUUAUGCCUGGUGUACCAGAAAUCAAUCGUGUCAUAAAGGCAAUAAACAGUAUUGCUGAUUUCUGGACAUUACCACUCCAUUCAUCUUUAUCACCACAAGAGCAAAAGAAGGUGUUUCAAUCAGCUCGUGGACAAAGAAAGGUGGUUGUUUCGACCAACAUUGCGGAAACCUCUAUCACAAUUCCUGAUUGUGUAGCAGUGGUUGACUCUGGUCGUUCAAAGUCGAUGUUUUUUGAUACUUCCCUAAAUGCCACUAAGCUAGUUGAAGAAUGGUGUUCUCAGGCUGAGAUCAAACAGAGGAGGGGACGUUCUGGUCGUGUUGCCGCUGGUGAUUGCUACCACUUGUACACCAAGGAUACUGAAGACUCGAUGCUCCCUCAGCCGAUACCUGAAAUCAUGCGUGUCCGCUUGGAAAAUUUGUACUUGAUUGUAAAAUCAAUGGGGGUGAAGAAUGUUGAAAGUUUCAUCGCAAGUGGGUUGGACUCUCCUGACCAAUCCGCAUUACUAUCGGCAAAAACAUUUUUGCAAGACGUUGGCGCUCUAGACGGGGAAAAGUUGACAACAUUGGGUCAAUACUUGUCAUAUUUGCCUACAGAUCCCCAUACGGGCAAAUUACUUUUGUUGAGUUGUAUUUUUGGGUGUCUUGAUUUUUGUUCAGUAUUGGCAGCUAUAAGCUCGGUCGGUAGUAUAUUUGUUCACUCAGUGGAAAAUAGGGACAAAAUCAAGGAUGUUACCAUGAAAUAUAGCGAUAAACAAGGUGACUUUAUUGCAAUGGCAAAUCUAUACCUCGCAUAUUCGGACUCUUUUAACAAGAAGUUUAUGUCGGAUCACUGUUUGUCAUUCAACAUGCUUAAAGACGUAGCCUCGACAAGGCAGCAAUAUUACCAAUUGUUGUCCGAAAUGGGAUUCAUCAAGCUGCCAACUGUACCAAGGAAGGUUCUGAAACCAAAUUAUGAUAUGACUCGAGCCAUAAUUAUCGGCGCGUUUUAUCCCAACAUCGCUAGAGUUCAAUAUCCACCAAAGAAAUUUCUAAAAUCAUCACUGGGAGCAAUUGAAGCAGAUACAGACGCUCGCUUGACCAAAUACUGGAUCAAAAAGGAGAAUCGUACCGACCAGGACUCUUCAUUAGCUGCAACUCGAGUAUUUAUCCAUCCAUCAUCCGUCUUAUUCGGCAAAAACACAACGGGGUUUGAAAUUGAUGAGGAACUUGAAUCCCACAUCACUCGAGAGGAUGGCUCAAUAGAUAUUGACAAAGCGAGACAAAUGAUCCCACUUAAUAAACCAUUACCGGCAUCCAAACACACAUUCAUCGCCUACAGGUCAUCUCAUUUAUCCAACAAGCUUUACGUGAAUGGAAUUACGCCUUCAAACACAUUAGCGACGUUGCUCUUUGGUGGAAGUUUUGAGUAUGAUUUACAUCCUACAAGUGGUACACCUUCGAAUGGUAUCAUUUUGGACACAUGGUUACCUGUAAGAACCUGGUGUAAAAAUGGGGUCCUAAUCAAACAAGUGAGGAAGCUUUUGGAUACCUAUAUGGAUUCCCUGUUAUCAAGCUUUGACAAAGCCGAGAACAACGACGAUAUUGUUGCAAUUAUAAAAAAAGCUGUCUCUCUAUAG